GUUUGCAUAUAGACACAAAAGGCAAUUACCUUGUAUUUCGGUAACCAUGUCGGCGGCGCUCGGCUCUACCGGCCCCCGCGUUGCUCCAGCUCGGGCGGCGCCGUUGUGCCGCAGGGCCUUGCUGCUGCCAGCAGGCCGGACUCGUGUGGUAGUUCGCGCUGAGGCUCGCCGGCCAGAUUACAUUCCAAAUCGUAUUGAUGAUCCCAACUAUGUGCGCAUCUUUGACACCACCCUUCGCGAUGGCGAGCAGUCCCCGGGCGCCACUCUGACUUCGAAGGAGAAGUUGGACAUCGCACGCGGCCUGGCGCGACUGGGUGUGGACAUCAUCGAGGCGGGCUUCCCGGUGGCCUCACCAGAUGACUUUGAGGCGGUCCGGACCAUUGCCAUGGAGGUGGGCAAUGACGUACAACCCGACGGCUACGUGCCGGUCAUCUGCGGCCUCUCCCGCACCAAAUUUGCCGAUCUGGAACGCGCUUGGGAUGCCGUCCGCCACGCCAAGCGCCCCCGCGUGCACACUUUCAUAGCCACCUCGGACAUCCACAUGAAGUACAAGCUGCGCAUGACGCCGGAUGAGGUGGUUGAGAAUGCCGUUGCGGCUGUACGGCACCUGCGCUCCCUGGGUUGCAACGACAUUGAGUUCAGUCCUGAAGACGCAGGCCGUUCUGAUCCGCAAUUCCUGUACCGCAUUCUUGGGGAGGUGAUUAAGGCGGGUGCUACGACGCUGAAUAUUCCGGAUACGACGGGAUGGAAUUUGCCGCAUGAGUUUGGAGGUCUGAUUGCGGCGAUUCGCAAGAACACGCCUGGAGCUGAGAAUGUGAUCAUUUCGACGCAUUGCCAGAAUGAUUUGGGUCUGUCGACGGCCAACUCGCUGGCGGGCGCUAUGGCGGGCGCACGGCAGAUUGAGUGUACGAUUAACGGUAUUGGCGAGCGAGCGGGCAACGCCUCGCUUGAGGAGGUCGUGAUGGCGAUCAGCCUGCGCGGCAAGGACCAGAUGAACGGGCUGUACACAGGCAUCCGCCCCGUGCACAUCUAUCCCAUGUCCAAGAUGGUUUCGGACUACAGCGGCAUGAUUGUGCAGCCGCACAAGGCCAUCGUGGGCGCCAACGCCUUUGCACACGAGAGCGGCAUCCACCAAGACGGCAUGCUCAAGAACAGGGAAACGUACGAGAUCAUGACGCCCGAGUCGAUUGGUCUGCCGCGCCAGGAGCAGGACCGCGGGAUCGUGUUGGGCAAGCACAGCGGCCGCAACGCCCUCAGCUCACGUCUUCGGUCUCUGGGCUACGAGCUCAGUACCUCAGAGCUCGACGAUGUCUUCAAGCGCUUCAAGGCUCUUGCUGACAAGAAGAAGGGUAUCACCGAUGAGGACAUCCUGGCGCUCAUGUCUGAUGAGCUGCACCAGCCCAAGGUCAUCUGGGAGCUGCUCGACCUGCAGGUGGUGUGUGGCACCAUGGGCAUGCCAACUGCCACGGUACAGAUGCAGGGCCCGGACGGCAUUGCGCGCAUUGGAGUGGGGGUCGGUACGGGUCCGGUGGAUGCUGCCUACAAGGCCAUUGACAGCCUGGUGCGGGUGGAGGCGGAGCUCGUAGACUACAGCGUCAGCAGCGUCACACAGGGUAUCGAGGCGCUGGCGCACACUCGGGUGAUGAUUCGGCCCGCGGGCAAGAUGAGCGACCAGGGAUACAGCGAGCAUGCAGCUCUGGGCACCGUGCAGCGCCAGUUCUCAGGUUCCGGCGCCAAUGAGGACAUUGUGGUGGCCUCGGCCCGUGCCUACAUCUCGGCCCUCAACAAGAUGAUUGGCUGGAUGAGUGUGGCACAGAAGGUAGCACCACGCACCAGGAGCAGCAGCUUGGCAGCCGGGGCAGCCGGGGUCUCUAUGGCGGGAGUGUCGGUGGCGUCCGGAGCCUCCAUGGACGAGGCACCGGGGGCCCUUACCGCAUCGGCAAAGCAGGCGUAG